GCAGCUAUGGACAUUAGUGCUGAACAGGUUUCUCACUUGCUAAACCAUGGAACAGCCAGCCAUCGCAUCCCUGUUGAGCAUUUAGACUACAGCUUUAUUGAGAAAUGUAAAGAUGUGAAGUACUUGGAAAAACUUCUGAAGAUAUUAAGAUCUGGAGAAGAAGGUUGUUAUCCCCACCUUCAAGACUUUUGUGAAAGGCGUAUAGAAAAUCUGGCCCCCAAAAGUCGUGCUCUGCGUAAGGAGAAAUCUCCAGCGACUGCUACAGAUUUUACUGCUGAAGAAUGGCAGACUAUUGAUGGUGAUUUUAAGAAGUGGGUGAGAGAAAUGCAAGAGAAAGAAAACAAGUUCAGAGUUAAUGAAUCAUCUGCAUCAGUUGACAGGUCAUGUCCCCCAGUCCGUGGUUCUGAUUCUUCUGUACUUACUAGGGAGACACAGGACUGUGCUGCUGUAAAUAGAACAAACAAAAGAAGCGUUGCCCCUCGUGAAUACAGGGAUUGGGAUAAAUUUAAUGUUGAAGAGGAGUGUGCCAAAAUAGAAGAUAGCAGAACAGAAAAGAGUUCUAAGACUUCUUUCAGUAUGGGACCUACUAUUGAAAAAAUCAUUGAUACUGCAGGUAAAACUGAUGAGGAAAAAAUCUUCCUGUCUAACUAUGAGAAACAGAAGGGAAAUGAGGCUUUUUAUGCAGCAGACUAUGAAGAAGCUGUAACAUAUUAUUCAAGGAGUAUAUCAGUGCUUCCAACUGCAGCGGCCUUCAACAACAGAGCAUUAGCAAAAAUCAAACUUCAGCUGUGGCUCAGUGCCCUCACUGACUGUGAGAAAGUAUUAGAACUGGAACCUGGCAAUCUGAAAGCAUUAUUGCGCCGUGCAACUGUGCAUAAAAACAUGAAAAAUUACAAUCUCACCAUGGAUGAUUUGAAGAAAGUGCUGCUGCAUGAACCAGAUAAUUCUAUGGCUAAGAAAUUAAUGCUUGAAGUUGAAAAAGGCAUGCAGGAACUGGAACUUAAAGCAAGGACACAGACAAAAGGGAAAACAAUCCAUAUAGAGGAUGUAGAAGGCUCUGAUGAAGAAAAGGGAAAAGAGCGUCACUUUCAAGAUUCUUCUCUCGCUGUGGGUGGAGAGAUUGUGAAUAACACAAGUGAAAUGGGGAACACACUGAAGAAAAGUACUGAUAAAGGAGGCAGCCCUUACUUUGGAAAUGAGAGGCACUCACCAAAGCCAACGAAUGAGGCCAGCAGCCCCAGAAAAAGAGGGUCGUAUGACAAAAACAGUGCUUCAGAGGAAGUGAAAAAAGAUGAAAUAAAAAAAAACGAUGGGCAUAAAAGUGAAGAAAAGCCUGACAAACAGGAUUGGAAUACUCAGGAAAAGGCAAACUCUAGUUCAUCAGCUGUGCAAAACUCAGGGAAUCUACCACCACCAGCAGCCAAAUUAAAGAGUCAAGGAAAUGAGCUAUUUAAGAAUGGACAGUUUGGGGAUGCAAUAGAUAAGUACACAGAAGCAAUCAAAACACUUACUGACUCAGGGACUGAAAAUCUGUCUGAUAUGUCUAUCUUAUACUCAAACAGAGCUGCUUGCUAUUUGAAGACUGGAAACUGCAGUGAAUGUAUUGAAGACUGUACUCGAGCACUUGAACUUCAGCCAUUUUCACUGAAGCCCUUGUUACGACGAGCUAUCGCAUAUGAAACCACUGAACGAUACAGACAAGGAUACGUUGAUUUCAAAACUGCACUUCAGAUAGACAGUGGUAUCCAGUCAGCAAGUGACGGUGUUAACAGGAUAACCAAGGCUCUGCUGGAACAGGACGGAGUAAACUGGAGGGAAAAACUUCCACCAAUCCCACAAGUGCCAGCUACAUCUCAGCUGCACAGACCGACAGCAAAUGAAACUACCUCAUUACAAAACAGCACAAAUAACGACUUGGGUAGUAACACAAUGCCACAAAAUACUGAGGAAACAAGUGAUGAACUGUUUCUGAAGUUCAAGCAGGAAGGAAAUAAUUGUGUAAAAUCUGGCAAUUACGAAGAAGGUAUUAAAAGUUACUGUGAGUGUCUGAAACUGAAGAGAGAUGAAUGUGCUAUUUACACCAACAGGGCUUUGUGUUACUUGAAGUUGAAUAAAUAUGAAGAAUCAAAGAAUGACUGUGAUUUGGCCUUACAACUAGAACCUUCAAACAUCAAGGCUUUGUAUCGAAGAGCAAUGGCUAACAAGGGGUUAAAGAACUUUGAAACGAGUGUUAAUGAUUUGAAUAAAAUCAUUAUUUUGGAUCAAAAUAUUGCUGAAGUAAAUAAGGAACUUCAGGAGCUGACUGAAAUUUUAGCUAAGCAGACUCAUGAGCAAAAUUGUGAAAAACAUAGGAAGCCUGUCCACAUAUAUGAGGUGUCUGAGAGUGAAGAUGAAGAAAAAGAAGGGGAGCCUGUUGCGAGAGAAUCUUGUGGUUCUUCAGAGAGACUUCAUUUGAUGCCUACUAAUGCAUACGAGUUUGGUCAAGCCAUUAAUGCUGUAAAAUCCAAAUGGAAUAUCGGUUCAUGUGCUGAACUUUUAGCUAAUAUUGAACCAAGGGAUUUGCCACGCUUGAUGAGUAAUAAACUAGAUGGUGAUACUUUUCUCAUAAUUAUUCAAGCACUGGGUGAACACAUUCAGAAAAACCCUAACCUUGUGUACCAGCACCUACUUUAUCUGCAAAAAGUGGAACGAUUUAAGGUGGCACUCACGCUUCUUAGCACAGCUGACAAGAAGAAAGUACAGCAACUUUUUAGUCAUCUCGCUGAAAGACAGAAUGAGUAUUUUACAUCAGAAGAUGUCAAGAAUGUUGAGAAUGAGUAUGAAGUUUAAGCAAAUGUAACUCCAGGGUGCCAACAUGCACUGCAGAAAAGCAUGCUGAUGAUUUUAUGCAUUUUAAAAUUGGGCUUUUGAGCUAUGCAAACUUGUACGACCUGCACUGAUGACAAAGUAUUUUUUUAUUCUGAAAUGCUUGCACUGGGGAAAAAAUAAUACAUUUUUUUUGCAUACAUUUUUAUGGCUAAUAUGUUUAAUAUAUUAGCACCACUGGCAGAUUUGAUAUGAUGAGUUCUGAAAGCACCAGAUUUCAGUCUGAAAAAUGUCACAUAUAAAAUAUUGUUAAUAUUUGCAAGGAUAAAUAGGUAUACUGUUAUGUAAUUACAAGUAAAAUAAAAUGUAUAUAUAGUUAUUUGUACAGAUGUUUAAUCAUAGGUAAGAAUUAUAUUUUAAUUUUCACUUUAAGGGCUUAAAGUUGCAUUGAUGUAUUUUUUCACUCUAGCACAGCUUUUAAACUGUUAAGCAAAACCAGCAUCAUUUUAUAAAACUGUAAUAAACUGAAUUCAUGUUCUUCCAGUUUAGCUAAAGUAAAUAUGCAAGUGUGACGCAGAAUUUCCAGGAUGCUGGUGACCAAUUGCUCUGAAAAAUUAUUCCCACAAAAAGGCAUAUGUUUUUUAUGUACAUAGAGCAUCAAUUUCAGCUUUUUGUUUUGCAUAAAAUAUAUUGUAAUGGCUAGACAUUUUUGGUAAUGCAUUAGAUGUGUCUUUUACAAGAUGAUUUGGAGAUGUAAAAGGGUACUUAAUGAAUGUUUGAGUUUUGUACAUCAGAAAACUGUCAUAUCUUAUGUGUGCUGCUUAGAAGAGAAAGCUAUGCACUGGUCAACAUGUUAUAGUAUGAUGGAGUACUGUUCAUGGGAAACACAAAAAAUGUAUGCUCUAUGUAGGUCAUUAACAAAUACAGGCUGACUUGCUAUUUAAAAAAAAUAGCCCAGAUUUUGUAUAUAUUCGUUAACAAGUUAAGAUCUUGUGACUUGCCUGAUUCAACAUUUUCUCAGUGUGUGCAAAUGAUGUCUUUGGAUGGUAAUUCCAACCUUUAGCUGAUAGAGGAAGUACAUUUAUUUUAGUAAGCUAGUACCUUGCUAUGUACUGGCUGCACUUCUAUUGUUUUUUUUUUUUUAAUUGCGCAUUAUUCUAAGAAAGGCCCUACCUCAGGAUCCUGUGAACAUUUAGAUGUAUAAAAUACAUAAGAGCAAAUGAUACAUAUUCAGAAAAUUAACAGUGUACAAUUGUUAAAUGUUAUUAUUUAUACACAUUUUGGAGUGAGUGUCACUUCAAUAAAAUUCAGGAAAAUAGUUUAACAUUAUUAUUAUUAUUAUUAUUAUUAUUAUGAUUUUUGCAUUUCUUUGGGAACUUAUUAAUAUUACAUCUGUUGUUUUUUCGGUCUAAGUCUGACAUUCUUUGUCAUCUCUUUAACAGUGAUUUGCUGACAAAAAUUGUAUCAUGUGUCCAUUAGAGUGCCCUGAUAAAAUAAACACAAGCAGCAUUGUCUAGAA